CUGAUGCCAGGGCAGCUGCCCUCCACUUCCUCCACUAUAUAGGACAUUCCUUGCUCUGCCCUCUGUGCCAGACUCAGGCUCCCGCCCAGGCAGCAAGCAGCGGCCCUCACCAUGGAGCAGCUAUGUGUGGCAAACACCCGGUUUGCACUGGACCUCUUCCGCACCCUGAAUGAGAAGAACCCUACUGGAAACAUCUUCAUCUCUCCCAUCAGCAUUUCAUCCGCACUGGCCAUGGUCUUUCUGGGGGCCAGAGGCGCUACUGCCGCACAGAUGUCCAAGACUCUUCAUUUUGAUGCGGUUAAGGAGAUUCAUUCAAGAUUUCAGAGUCUGAAUGCGGACAUCAACAAGCGUGGAGCUCCCUACGUUCUGAAACUUGCUAACAGGUUAUACGGAGAAAAAAGCUACAAUUUCCUCCCUGAGUUCUUAGCUGCAACUCGGACGGCGUACGGCGCUGACCUGGCGAGUGUGGACUUCCAGCGCACCUCUGAAGGAGCCAGACGCGUGAUCAACGAGUGGGUCAAAGGGCAGACAGAAGGGAAAAUUCCUGAAUUGCUGGCUGCAGGCGUGGUUGAUGAUACGACUAAACUGGUGCUGGUUAAUGCCAUCUAUUUCAAAGGAAGUUGGCAGGAGAAAUUCAGUGAAAAGGCCACGACCGAUGCGCCCUUCAGAUUGAAUAAGAAAGACACAAAAACAGUGAAAAUGAUGUAUCAGAAGAAGGAAUUUCCAUAUGGCUACAUCCAGGAGCUUAAGUGCCGUGUGCUGGAGCUGCCUUACCAAGGCGGGGAGCUCAGCAUGGUCAUCCUGCUGCCAGAUGACAUCGAGGACGAGGCCAUGGGUCUGAAGAUUGAGGAACAGCUGACUUUGGAAAAACUGCAUGAGUGGACCAGACCUGAGAAUCUGCAUCUCACUGAAGUCAAUGUCCACCUGCCCAGGUUCAAGCUGGAAGACAGCUACAACCUCAACUCUCCCCUGGCCCGCCUGGGUGUAGAGGAUCUCUUUAAUAGCAAGGCUGAUCUGUCUGGCAUGUCAGGAGCCAGAGAUCUUUUUGUAUCACAAAUUGUCCACAAGUCUUUUGUAGAAGUGAAUGAGGAGGGAACAGAGGCAGCGGCUGCCACAGCAGGCGUUGUGGCCAACUGCAUGCCUAAGCCAGUGAAAAAUUUUGUAGUUGACCAUCCGUUCAUUUUUUUCAUUCGACACAACCCCUCAACUAACAUUCUCUUCUUAGGCAGACUUUCUUCCCCUUAGAGUCUGUGGAAAUACAAGACCAAGCUCAGGGCUUCAUUACCCCUACUUUCAAUGGUGAUAGUUUUUAUAUAUCUUUAGAUAUAAAACUAUCAUCUCAAAACAAAUCUUUCAUUUCCUUUGUAAGGUCAACUUUGUUGGCUGUUUACACCCAAGAAUUUUAGAAUGAGUAUCAAUUUUCCUUUUUUAUAUUGAAAUUUUCAGUGAUUGUUUUUGAAUGCAUCACUCAAAUGUAGAGAUUCUUCACAAUGUAGUAAUCUGUGGAACUGCUAUACUCUCUUGAUAGACAUGGGAAAAAUUAUAAAGCUGUAAUCUGUUUCACAGACAGACUUCUGGAAGCCAUACUACAGAGAUGCUCUGACUGUUGAAGGGAGACUUAAAAACUUACUCAACUGAAAUAUAGGAGAGCAGCUUUGGCCAGUUUGGCUCAGUGGUUAGAGUGUGGGCCUGCAGACCU